CCUUUUCAGUGGCGAUCCUUCAUCUUGGGAAUUCCCUCCCUUAAUGUGUAUGACUGCAUCAAACUGUCCUUUCAAGUCUGUUUUACUUGAGAUGGUUUAUCUUACAAGUUUUAUGAUACCGGUAGUGGUGUGAAAUUGUUUUUAAUUUUCCCUUCAUCUAUAAUGAUGUUAUCUCCAACCUGAAUAUUGAUUUGUACUGCUGUUCUAAAAGGAUUUUUAAAACUGAAAUUUAGGAUUAUAGUCCACAGUUGUUUCUCCUAAACCAGUUUGUGAGAGCUUUGUUUUUAUAGGCACCUUAGAAAUAUCUUAGGUAAAUAAAUGUUUGAAUGGACAUCCCAGGCUUAAGGUUAUUAUUGCUUUAUCUUCAUAGGCUGCUGCACCAGUAGAAGCUUAAAUGUGAACUCAAGAAGCCAAGUCCUGAAAGAAGGGAAACAGGAAGCACACACUUUGCUAUACCUUACUUGUCAUAGUCUUGGAUGAGCACAUGAGACGCCUCCCAUUGCUGGCUGGAAACGUUUUGCUUUGGAGAGCGACCAAUAAGUCUGACUAUUUUCCUGUCUCAAUACAUACAUCGAUCAUUAAGCUUAUCGGACACUAUUUUAGCUCUUGCUUCUGUCUGAGUGAAUCUGAAUGUGCGAGUUUAUAAUAUUCAAAUACAGUAGAGUCUCACUUAUCCAACACUUGCUUAUCCAACGUUCUGGAUUAUCCAACGCAUUUUUGUAGUCAAUGUUUUCAAUAUAUCAUAAUAUUUUGGUGCUAAAUUCAUAAAUACAGUAAUUACUACAUAGCAUUAAUGUGUAAUGAACUAUUUUUUCUGUCAAAUUUGUUGUAAAACAUGAUGUUUUGGUGCUUAAUUUGUAAAAUCAUAACCUAUUUUGAUGUUUAAUAGGCUUUUUUCUUAAUCUCUCCUUAUUAUCCAACAUAUUCGCUUAUCCAACGUUCUGCCGGCCCGUUUAUGUUGGAUAAGUGAGACUCUACUGUAUGAUCAAAUUCAGCAACCUGUCUGUGACUGGAGAUAGGCAAGUACUCCUUUUGGAGUUGGUAAUUUAAUAGCAUUCCCUGUAAUACAGGAGAUAAAGAGGGAGUAAUACCAUAUUCCCAUUAAAGUUAACUCUAAAAACCUGACAUUUAAAAAAGUCAUUUGGAAAUUUUAUAUUCAAGUGAUUUUUUAUUAAUAUUUAGAAAAGCAGUAGAAGAAGGCACAGUGUUAAGGUUUUAAAAUAACAUUCCAAUCUGUGAUUAAUGUGCAAGAGGCAUAUGAAUUUUCAGCCGUGCAAUUUCCAUUUUUUAAAAACUGCAGCUCUCAAGGCUGUGUGCUAGAACAGGCAGUUGUGGCUGCAUUGUGUGGAUUUGGUACACACUUCCAAAUCACAAGUCUGAAAGUGCAUGAAUGUGCAACUAUUGUAGGAUCUAGUUGUAUGCACUCUGUGUGUGUUGAAUAUCCCCACCACAAUGGAGAAGUCCAAAGCAGACUUAGAAUCUGAUGUUAUCCCUGACGUCGAAUCAAAUCAAGAUCUGCUCUCUGAGGAAUCCACUGCCCGACCUGCAUGGGGAUCAAAGGUCCAAUAUAUCCUGGCCCAGGUUGGCUUUUCUGUUGGACUCGGCAACGUCUGGCGGUUUCCCUACCUCUGCCAUCAAAAUGGAGGAGGUGCAUUUCUGCUGCUUUAUCUGCUGCUCCUUUUAAUCAUCGGGAUCCCGCUUUUCUUCCUGGAGUUGGCAGCAGGGCAAAGUAUCCGACAGGGCAGCAUUGGGGUAUGGAAGUACAUCAGCCCCCGCCUGAUGGGCAUUGGCUUUGCAAGCUGUGUGGUUUGUUCCUUUGUUGCCCUUUAUUACAAUGUCAUUAUUGCAUGGAGUCUUUUCUACUUGGGUAACUCUUUCCAGUCUCCCUUACCUUGGAAUGACUGCCCAGAAACAGUGAACCAAACCAUCUCAGAAACAGAAUGUGAGGACAGUUCUGCCACUGUCUACUUUUGGUACCGUAAGGCAUUGCAUGUGUCCGAUUCCAUUGAGGAGAGUGGAGGUCUUGAUCCAGCGCUUACCGGCUGCCUCUUUGCCGCUUGGGCUCUGGUGUGUCUGGCAAUGAUUAAAGGCAUCAAAUCCUCUGGCAAGGUGCUGUAUUUCAGCUCUCUGUUCCCUUAUGUGGUUCUCUUUUGCUUCCUUAUCCGUGCGUUGCUGUUAGAAGGGGCUGCUGAUGGGAUCCGGAUCAUGUUUACACCCAAUUUGUCCAUCUGGGGCAAUAUGCAGGUUUGGCGCCAGGCAGCCACCCAGGUGUUCUUUGCCCUGGGCCUGGGCUUUGGCACCAUCAUCGCUUAUUCCAGCUAUAACCGACAAGACAACAACUGCCACUUUGAUGGGCUCCUUGUGGCUUUCAUCAACUUCCUUACUUCAAUCCUUGCUACGCUGGUUGUGUUUGCUGUGCUGGGCUUCCGUGCCAACAUCAUCACGCAGAACUGUGCUGAGAGGAAUAUAGCCACCCUCUCAAAACUAGCAGUGAAUGGUUCCCUUUCUGCUGUCCUCCCUGAAAACUUCACAGAUUACUCUGCCGCUCAGUAUAGUGCCUGGUAUCGAGAGCUGAACAAUGACACAGAGCAGCUGCUGCUUCGGGAAUGGGAAGUCGGAGACUGCCAUGUAGAGGAUGAAAUGAACAAGGGUGUAGAGGGCACCGGCCUGGCUUUCAUUGCUUUCACAGAGGCCAUGACGCUGUUUCCGACUGCCCCCUUCUGGUCUGUGCUCUUCUUUUUCAUGCUGCUGAACUUGGGACUGAGCACCAUGCUGGGGACCAUGCAAGGCAUCAUCACUCCUCUGCUGGACAACUUCCAAAGUCUCCAACGCCAUCGGACCCUUUUCACAGUGCUGUGUUGCAUUAUUGGAUUCCUACUGGGCUUGGUUUUUGUUCAGCAUUCAGGCAACUACUUUGUCACCAUGUUUGAUGACUAUUCAGCCACACUUCCCCUGCUUGUUGUUGUGGCUUUUGAAGCUUUUGCUGUGGCCUGGAUCUAUGGUGCUGACAGAUUCUUAAAUGACAUAGAAAAAAUGCUAGGGUGGCGCCCUUGGAGAAUCUACAAAUACAUGUGGCGCUUUGUGAGUCUUGGCGCAAUGUUGUGUCUGCUGCUAGCAAGUCUGCUCCGUAUGAUUUUGAAGCGACCCACCUAUCAGGCCUGGAACAGAGAAAAGGCAGAGGAACAGCAGCUGGAAUAUCCACCAUGGGCCCUUGGUGUUCUGGUCAGCCUUAUUGUUGUGGCUGCUCUUCCCAUCCCAGUUAUGUUCCUCCGGCAACUGUUGAUAGAGCGGUUUCCUGGGCACAGUAGGGGGACUGGUGUGGCAGUACCCACGGAAGAAGAAGAAGAGACAGAAGAAAAAGAGAGCCCAGCUGAUCCAGAUCCUAGAGGCAAUGGAUACGUGUUGGUCCAGGCAGAAGAUGGGCAGGACUAAGAGACAUUGCCUCAUGUGUGGUGCGAUGUAUUCCAGCUCCUAGAUCAUGAAGACUGCCAAUUUUUCCCCAACUUCUGCCGAUUCUUGAUCAUGGGAGACAUACUUUUUGGCCCACUCCUCCAUGGUGCUAUAUUUAUACAGCUGGAGAAGAGAUCUUCCAACUCAUGACACUCCCCAUCCUGUCUGUAGAGCUUCUUGUAUUCUUAUCUCCUAUCAGUGGCUGGAGAUAACACAUUUUUUAAAGACCGGUACAGUUCUGAGCUCAGUUUUGGAGACUGGCAGCAGUUUGCAUUCCUAAAACGUAUUUCACCAUUACAAUUGGUCCUGAGCACUUUGCUUUGGUCCCAGUUUGAACCAUCCUGUAGAACUUCUGCCCUUGUUUCUAAUCUGUAUUUGCCGACUGGAGAUCAGUGGUUAUUUAAAGACUGCUAAAAUCUGUACAAAAAAGAAGCUUGGGUUGGCAGACAGGCAACGUUUUGCAUUCCUGAAUGAUGUUGCAGUGGGGUAGACCAGUACAAUUCACAAUUGGUCCUGCUUAUUUUGUCUUGACCCCAGACUGUGCUUUUGCCCAAGGCAGUGUUGUACCCUUUGCUGCUUGAAAUUCUGACCUUUAGCCAAAAAGCGUUCCAAACCCCUCAUUUAGAGGCUGGUUGUCAAAGUAGGAUGCUGAAACUAAAUUGCUGAUUUGAGUCAAUGUCAGCUGAUUUUUAACUAAAGUUGCCUCCAGAUGGGAAGUCCCUUGUGCCAAUAGGUCAUUGCAUUUCCACUGUAAACUAGGGCCCCAUCUACACAGCUGUAUAAUAUCCACAUCUAACUCGGUUAUAUGGCAGUGUGGACUCAGAUAUUCCAGUUCAAAUCAGAUAUUGUGGCUUAUCUGCCUUGAUAUUCUAGGUUAUAUGGCUGCGUGGAAGAGCCCUAAACGUACAGUUGCACUUGGAUUUCCCAUAUCAUUGAGGAUAAUGCACUUUUUGUGUCUUCAUUCCACUUGUUCUGUCCACACUAGUGAGCUAGAUGAGUGGUCACAUGACAAAAAUGCAUGAGUAGCCAUUAGAAGGGCUAAAACAAUCAAUUUUUAAAUCACUUAUUUGUUAAGCACUAGACAUCAUCUGAGCAUAAUUGUGCAAUACUAGGUGUGAAAUAUUUUCACAAAUCCAAACUAUUUUAAACAGUUGUUUUGACUCAGAACAGGGUCAAAAUUGUAAACGGGAAAAUGUUAAUGGAUGGAUAGGGUAAAUCAUAUUUCUGAAAUGGUAGUGAUUGAAUUUUUUUCUCCUGUUUUUGAAAAGUUACAAUACUAUACUGCUAAUAGCACUCCUUCGUGAAUAUUUUUUGGCUUGUUAUGAUUGUAAGAACAGUUCCUGCCACAUACCUCCUCCUCAGUACAAUUGUAAGAUAGAUGCACAUGAAUAGCAGUCACCAGACUGUUUGUUUUUAAUAAUAUUCUCCAUGGGGAAUUACUAAACAUUAUUUAAUAGUUCAGUCAUUGAACUGUAUAAGGGAGUUACGUACAUUUUCUGUUGAAGUAGGUCAAAACAAGAAACCCAGAUGAAACUCUCCUUGUGGAUCUGUGUUUCAUGGGAUAUAUAACUUAUAGUUCCCUAAAGAAAGCCAUAUACAAGGCAACAAAAAGUCUAGUCAAUGAGAAUGCUUUUUUCUUUCUUUUCAAUAAAAGCUAUUUGGUAGAAACAAGCAAUUCAGUUGUAUUUUCUGAAAUCCUUGGGGGGAAUAAACUUUUGCAUAAAAUCAGAUUUUUUUUGUCUACCUGGGUUUUAGCAUGGUUUCUUAAAUAAUACCAGUUGCAGUUAAGAGGAAAUGACUAAGUACUGAGCUUGCUUGACCAAGGCAGAGCAUUUUGUGAUAUAGGUUGCAUCUACACUACAAAUGUACACUGCAGUUUGACACCAGUUUAACUGCCAUGGUUCAAUACUAUGGGAUCCAGCACUGUUUGACAGAUAAGAGCAAAGACCUUGUGAAAUUAUCAUUCCUAUAAUUCUAUAGUACUGAAUCAUGGUAGUUAUGUCAAACUGCAUUAAUUCUACAGUGCAGAUGUACUCAUAGUUGUGCUUCUUUGCAAGCUCUCAGUUUCCAAUGGUCAUGUGUAAUUCUUUACAGGGCAGAACACAAAUGGUCUCACAACCAGUUUUGUUUAGGCAAACUCAACUUUCAUUGAAGUGGCCAUUACUUAAGCGAUCUAGAGUAGUGCUGGUCAGAAUGGUAGUUUGUGGGGAUCAGUACAAGUACUCAAGCCAUAAGCUUUAUGUGUCCUCAUGAGUUUCCAGAGGGGAAAUUGUGGAGUCUCAGUCUCUGGAGGGUUUUAAGCAGAGGCUGGAUGGCCAUCUGUUGGUAGUGCUUUGAUUAUGUGUUCCUGCAUAGCUGAAAGUUGUACUGGAUACCUUGGGGUCUCUUCCAACUCUGAUUCUGAUUUUAAUUGCAGCCAUUGGGGAAAGAUACAGUAUUAAUCUUAGGCAUAUUGAAGGAAAUACUGAUUUAAGCUUUACAGGAAAUUAUAGAUCAAUAAAAGCUUUAAACUAUGUAAGGUCAAAGGAGAGGACUUGCUCUGCUGUGACAUCCCAACUGUGAAUUGCCCUCUUCUUUGAGGCCCAAUUGGUGCCAAUGUUAACCAUAUUUUUGACAUCAGGUUAAAACAUGGCUUUUUAUUAAGAGCCAUUUGGUAGGGUACAACGUUUUGCCAUAAUUUGUAUAGGUAGAUGGUUUUACAGCUGUUUAUGUGUUUAAAAUGGUUUUGUGUGCUUUUAGAAUUUUAAUUUUUUAUAGUUUUCAAUUGUUCUAAAUUUAUUGUAUGUUGCCUUAAGAUAAGGUUGUAUAUAAAUGUUUUAAUAAAGGUAAUUAUAAAUAAUA